UUGGGUUUGAGAAAAACGACUAUUAUAAUUCUCAGUUAAAACUGUGUAAACCUUCACUGUUUACAUUUGGCAAAACUCUUAUUGUUUCUGAAGAAAAUGUUGGCUGUCUUUGGGUUUCACCUUCAUCUUACAAAUUUAGCCGCUAUGUUGGUUCAGUCAAGAUCUAUGGCAAGGGAUUCUUCUCAGCCAGAAUUAAGCGUUAUCCAAAUGCAACAUCCAGCUUUCAGUUAAUGCGAUUGAUGGUUAGUGGGGAUAUUUCACCAAACCCUGGCCCAAACACAAGUCCUGAAGAAGCGAGGAGAAGGUUGGAAAUUUACGAUCCUUUUUAAUCUGUACUGCCUAUAGACCACCAAAUGCUCUCUUAAAUUGGUUUGAAACGGAUUUUAGUUGCACCCUAGUAUCCGCCUUGCUGAUGAGUAAAUCAAUAUACAUAUUGGGAGAUUUAAACUGUAAUGUCUUAAACGCUGGUGAUCCUGCAUGCCAAGCUUUAUUGAAUUUCUGCUCUACUUUUAACUUGGCCCAACUAAUAACCCAACCUACGAGAAUAACAGAGUCCUCAGCGACUUUGUUAGAUGUUAUACUCGUUUCGAACAAAGAGCUUAUAAUUGCAUCUAAUGUGGUACCAAUUUCAAUAAGCGAUCAUGACUUAGUAUAUGCCACCCUGAAGUUAAAGAAAGAACGUCAAAAGCCUGUUUAUGUUAACACCAGAAGCUUUCGACAAUAUAAUCCCAAUUCGUUUUCUCAAGAUAUGUCGUACGCACCUUGGUCGGUUAUAAAUGUUUUUGAUGAUAUAGACGACAAGCUUAAUGCAUUUAACCUGAUAUUGAAUAAUAUCUUGGACUUGCAUGCUCCUAUCAAAAAAGUUAAAGUAAGAAGUCGACAAAACCCGUUUAUAACUGAAGAAAUUUGCUGUCUCAUGAAAACUAGAGACCACUGGAGGAAAUUGGCUAGACAAACAAAUGACACCUUAGCUUGGGCGGCUUAUAGAAAUUUUAAGAAGGAAGUGAGGCGAGAAAUUAGAUUAGCCGAACAAGAGCAUGUCAUGGAACAAAUAAUGAGUAAUCCCAACAACAAAAGAAGUAUUUGGAAAACAAUACGAUCUUGUAUCCCAAAACAAACCACGCGACAGAAGUCCUAUAAUAGAGAUGAAAAGAUCAUUGCAAAUGAGUUUAACACUUAUUUUACGACUCUUGGCCAAAUAACUUCUGAACAAAUAAAUUCCAAGGCCGCUCAAUCUAAUUAUGACUUAACACAACCAGCAGUCCCCACUCAAGAAUACCCAGAUGAUGAACAAUUUUUCUUUAAGCCGAUGAGCAGCGGAGAAAUCGAGAAUGUUAUUCGCUCAAUGCCAAUGAAUAAGGCACCUGGCCAUGAUAAAAUACCUAUACGCGUGAUUAAAGAUAGCCUCCCUGCAAUCCUUUUACCUAUCACCUCAAUCGUCAAUGCGUCUUUAUAUUCUACAUGCCAGUUUCCAAGUACUUGGAAGAAGGCUGAGGUUUUGCCCGUCUUAAAGGAAGGCGAUCACGAAGAAGCAGAGAACAACCGUCCCAUCUCACUUCUACCUGUAUUAUCAAAGAUAUGUGAACGAUCAGCAUUGAAUCAGUUGAUGCCUUAUUUAGUUUUAAAUGGGAAACUUUCUACGAAGCAAAGCGGAAACAAAAAAGACCAUUCUACCGAAACAUCUCUGAUAAAAGUUACUGAUGAAAUUCUAACAGCAAUUGACAGUAAGAAAUUAACUGCAGUUGUAUUGUUAGACUUUAGCAAAUCACCAAACAUUAUUAAAUAA